AUGGCACCUCAGUUCUCAACGCCAAUCAAGUGCAUCUAUGAUGCCUCCGACUUGCUGAACUUCAAAAAUUCCAUCGCAUUUGAAAGACUCCAUGACGUCAUCAGAAUUAUUGUACAAAAAGUGAAGGGCACGAGUUUGCCAAAGAAUGUAUUCGACUUGUCACUAGUAACUAGAGCAGACGUUAAUACGCCAGCUUCAAGAAACCUUGGAGAUGAUCUACUAGAGACAUUUUCCGAGUCUGGCCGUGCUAUUGUUGAAAUCAUACAAUCCUUCAAUAAACUCCUCGAUGAAACUCCGCCACUAGAGGGCCCCAGAAGAUUCGGCAACAUGGCCAGAAGGGAAUGGCAAGACAAAAUCGAGGCUGACGUUGGUCCUUUGCUCCAUAAAUUAACAAAAAAGGAGGAUCUUCAGCUCGAGCUUCUGUAUUACUUGGUCAAUUCUUUUGGCUCGCCCAUUCGAUUGGAUUACGGCUCUGGUCACGAAUUGUCCUUUAUAGCAUUUGUUGGAGGUCUUAUGGAACUCAAGAUUCUUGACGUCUCCCAAAUUGACGCCACUGAGAUUCUUAUCAUAUUCGCAAAGUACUAUGAUUUGGUCCGUCGUUUGAUUUUGGAGUACAGUCUCGAGCCCGCCGGGUCUCACGGUGUAUGGGGGCUAGAUGAUCAUUUCCAUUUCAUUUACAUCCUUGGGGCUGCUCAAUUCAAUGUCGACGGUAACAGUAAGCAGUACGUGCCACCGGUUCUGCAAGUUCUUUCUUCACUCAUCAUCGAGGACUUUAAAGAAACAAAUCUUUAUGUGAACGCCAUUGCAUUUAUUUUCAAAAUCAAGCUGGGUCCCUUCAACGAACAUUCCCCUAUUAUUUUUGACAUACACAAAACUGUAUCGCUAUGGUCCAAGGUUUUAUCGGGUCUACUCAAAAUGUACGAGGUUGAGGUUCUUGGUAAGUUUCCUGUCGUGCAACACUUCUGGUUCGGCUCUGGCCUCUUUCCAUGGCUCGAUACAGAGACGAGGCAAAAGCUACCGGUCAAAGAUGUUGCCAAUGAAGAAAAGGAGGAAAAAGAGGACACAUUGCCAGGCUUUAUUAAUGGCUACGCUGGCCAGAAGACAACAAAAGCUAACAUUACAUUGACAGGCGCACCUUGGGCGCGUCAAAACCCUGGAGCAACGCCUCACGCUCUACAUUCACGUGGACCUACUCGUCCCAUUCCUAAAAACUCCCGAGGCUAA